UCCUCCUCCUCAGUCUUCAGUGGAGGACGAGAUGCUGCGCUGCUGGACCGCCGCUCUGCUGCUGCUGCUGAUGGCGGCCGGGACCCGGCCCCACAGCGGGGGGGGGCCCGGGGACGAGGAGCCCACAAUCAGCUGCACGUCUCACAUCCUGACCAAUGGAAGCAGCCUGAGCUGCCGGCUGGCGGGGGGCCCGGUGGAAGACGACGAAGACGAGGGGGGAGACGGCGUGUGCAACAUGACGGUGUGCUUCUUCGACUUCCAUCUCAAUAAAGAAAAGUGCCUGAAGGCGUUCGGGGACACCGUCAGCUCCGAGAAGCUGAAGCCCCUCCAUCAGCUGACUGUCACCGUCCACCUGAAGAGAGGAGGCCGCGUCACGACCAUGGUGGACCUGAAGAAGAUCGUUCAGCCCAGAAGCCCUCAGGUGAAGGACGUGACCUUCGAGGAGGACUCUCACCAGGUCGUGAUCCGCCUCCAGACGCCCUACGUCAAAGAGUACCUCAAAGUCCUCUUCCAGCUGCACAUCUGGAGCUCCGGCAGCUCGACGACUCAGAACGUGUCGUCGGACUCUCUGAGGAUGGACGUGAAGCUCCUGCGUCCCAACGCCGAGUACCACGUGAGGGCGAGGGCCGUCCCGACCAACGGCUGGCAGGGCUCCUGGAGCGAGUGGAGUGAAACCUUUAGCUUCUUCAGUCCAGCAGAGGAAACGUCCCAGAAAGAGACCAACGGGCUGAUCGUGUGUCUCGUCAUUCUGGUGGUGGUGCCUUCAAGUGUUGUUUUAUUCUGCAGGAACAGAAUAUUUACCUACAUGUGGCCGAGGAUCCCCCACCCCAAAGACACGCUGGUGCACAUCUGCAAGACGAAUAAAGGCCUCCUAUUGAACUUCAAACCCGAGGAGAUCAGCGCCCUCAACGUGGAGAAAACAGAGAAGUCGUGGGAAGAAGCGGAGCCUCCGAAGGCCGCAGAGUCGAGUCCGAGCUGCUCCACCCAGAGCUACGACGGCUGCAUGAGCACCACCAGCGUCAGCACCGAGGAGCUGGAGCUCUCCACCCUGCUGAGCAGGAGCUCCUUGGACGGAGAGGAGAGCCUCCAGAGCGCCAGCCCGUCCCCCGUCCAGGACCUCCAGCCCGGGGACAGACCUCCCUCCUGCAGUGAUGGUGUAAAGGAGGCCGAGGCCUACGUCACCAUGUCCAGUUUCUAUCAGAUCAAGUAGGUCCAGAGGAGGGCUGUGAACGUGUGGUGUCCAACACAGAGGUCACGACCUCACACGAAGGCCCAUGUAAUCAACAUCAGCUUUGUCCAGAGGUGGUUCCUCAUGCUUCCUCCGUCCAGACGAUAAACCUCAAUGACUUGGUGGCUUCUUCUCCAGUGGCCAUCUUCAACGUCCCCUUCAGGUCCACGAUGUCCGCUUCCUUCUUUCAUCGACCUUCUAUUCCGUAUCGUGUAAAAGUGGAGGAUUGUGACCAGAAUGUAACAUGUAGCGUUUUGUGUACUGUGCGAUUGUAUCAAGUAUGUUUCCUUCACAUGUCCCCCCCCCCUCAGGGUUUGUUGGAGGAACCUCGGUUUGUCUCCAGCUGUCCACUGUAGUAAAGAUCUAAACAGGGUUUAUACAGACGGGGGACAAGUGAGAGUUAAGCUGCUUCUCAAGUGUUUGAUGGCCUUCAACCUCCCAAAAAAACCUCCACCUAAAGGGCAAGUAGAACCUGCUAAACCAACUACAGCCAAAUCAGAGAAUAAUAUCUCAAUAGUGUAGAAAUGAGUAACCGAUAAAACUUCCUUAAAUUCACACACAC